AUGAUAAAUUAUUUAUCUAGAGUAGAAAAAUUCUUCUGGGAUAACUAUGAAGAUGAAGAAUUAAUAAUCAAUGGAUCAAAUGUCUCGAUUAUUGAUCAAGCUCUUAGGUUACUAUAUCCUGCUGAAUCUAAAGAAAAUGAUACAUUAAACUUAGAAAUCUAUACAUUUGAGGAAUUUAAACAACUUUUCCACUUCGAUGAAAUGAUUAACAUCAUAGAAGAAACAUUUGACAAAGAAACUUUUGUAUAUAUUUCAGAAGAAGAAGUAGAAUCUCCUUCUUAUGAUAUAGAGCCUAACUUUGAGAUGAAUAAGACCGAACCACAUUUGGAUCAUCCUGGAGAAUCUUCUUUUCAAGGUAAAAGAAGAGAAAGACCUAAAACUGAACAAGGUCAUAGAACUAGCUCUAUGCCAGAUCUUCCCACUGGAAAUCUAAACCAAUUCGGUACAAACAUUCUCAAUAUUGACAACAUUUAA